AUGGCGGACGUAUUGCACCUCCAUGAGGCGGGCGGUGAGGACUUCGCCAUGGACGAGGAUGGUGACGAAAACAUCCACAAACUGAAGGAACAAGAAAAGAAGAGGAAAGGUUUGGGUCAGAGAAGGGUUCCAGAGAGUCCGUGAGGAUUACGACAGCAUGGAGCAAGGUGGGGAUGAGCCGGGCCCCCAGAGAUUGGUGGAAGGCUGGAUUCUCUUUGUCACGGGUGUCCAUGAGGAGGCCACCGAAGAGGACAUUCAUGACAAGUUUGCAGAGUUCAGGGAAAUCAAGAACCUCCACCUGAAUCUUGACUGGCGGACAGGUUACCUGAAGGGCUACACCCUGGUAGAAUAUGAAACGUACAAAGAAGCCCAGGAAGCCAUGGAGGGACUGAAUGGACAAGACCUUAUGGGGCAGCCAAUCAGUGUGGAUUGGUGUUUUCUCAGGUGACCUCCAAAAGGGAAGUGACGGGGUGGCUGUAGAAGGAGGAGCAGGAGUCCUGACAGAAGGAGGCGCUAA